AAUUAUACGUCAUCAAAUAUGAAAGCCAACGAUAACGAAUACGUCAUCCUUUCUGUCAAAGGAUAUAAGAAAUUAGCAGGAAUUGAUAAUACAGGGAAGAACUUGUAUUGGACAACAGAUAUUAAUACUGAGAUCCCUAUUAAAAUGAAGUUACAAAAGCAAGAUGGAUAUGAGCCACUCAUGCCAAAAACUUUGUCUGAGUACCUCAUUCAUAAUGUUGAGAACUAUCCAGAAGACCCUUGUCUCCAUGCUGAACUUAUGAAAGGAACUUGGACAACCUGGAAUUGGGCACAGGUCUUUGAUAUCUCUUUCAGAUUCGCCAAAGCAUUAGUCGCUAUUCAUGCGACUCAUAGAUCUUCUGUUAAUAUCAUUGGGUUCAACUCUCCUUACUGGAUGUUUGCCUUCUUCGGAACUAUCAUGGCUGACAACAUUGCUGUUGGAGUGUACACUACAAAUGAGCCUGGGGCUUGUCAAUAUGUUGCUGAACACAGCUCAGCAGAGGUUGUAGUAGCUGAAGAUGAGAAGCAAAUGCAGAAGUAUAUCUCAGUGCUUGAUCAGCUUCCUAAACUCAAAAGAAUUAUUGUUUGGAACACAGAUAGAUUUAUUAAAAGGCCUCAUCCACUUGCUAUUGGGUGGGAGGAAUUCCUUGAUCUUGCAAAUGACCAAACUGAGUCUGAUCUUACAAAUGAAGAGAUUGUUAAAGAGAGAAUCAAAAAUCAAGUUCCUGGAAUGUGCUGUAAUAUCGUAUACACAAGUGGAACUACUGGGAAUCCUAAAGGAGUAAUGCUCACUCAUGACAACCAGCAAUUUGUAAUUAUUCAGAUGAUUAAAAAUGCUGAAGAUGAAGGGUUCGAAAGCGGAAAAGAAAGAGUUGUCUCCUAUCUUCCUCUCUCACAUUCUGCAGCUCAAGCUAAUGAUGUCUUGGGUACUAUUGUCUUUAGAAAUCAAGUGUACUUCGCAAGACCAGAUGCUCUCCAAGGGAGUUUAGUUGAAACUAUGCAAUAUGCCAAGCCUACUAUUUUCCUUGCCGUGCCAAGAGUUUAUGAAAAAAUGGAGGAGAAACUCAAAGAAAUAGCUUCUCAAGCCCCAGGUGUCCUUCAAAGAUUAUCUAAUUGGGCGAAAACUAAAGGAGCUGCUCAUACAGAGGCUAGGCUUCAAGGGAAGCCAAACCCAUUCGGAUAUUCUUUGGCUCAUUUCUUAGUUCUAGGACGUAUCAAGAAGGCACUUGGACUCGAAGAAGCUAAAGUUCUGAUAGUUGGAGCUGCUCCUCUUAAGAAGGCUACCUUCGACUACUUCAAAUCCUUGGAUAUGCCCAUUGUUAACAGUUAUGGAAUGAGUGAAUGUAAUGGUCCAGAAACUGUGUCUAAAGUCAAGAAGUACAAAGAAGAUACUGUUGGAUUCGCAAUCCCUGAGACACAUAUCAAGAUUGAAUCAAGAGAGCAAACUGAAGGAGGGUAUGAGAACGAAGGCGAAAUUUGUUUCAGAGGAAGAAACAAUUUUAUCGGAUACCUGAACAAUGAGGAAAAGACUAAAGAAACAUUAGACCAAGACGGCUACAUUCAUUCAGGAGAUAUUGGAACCAAAGAUGAAGAAGGAUUUGUUAAAAUCACUGGGAGAAUUAAGGAGCUCAUUGUGACCGCUGGAGGUGAGAAUGUAGCCCCAGUUCUUAUUGAAGAUUCUUUGAAAGACAUCUGCCCAAUUAUCAGUAACGUCAUGGUUAUUGGUGAUGAUAAAAAGUUCCUGAGUGCUUUGAUUACUCUCAAGGUAGAAGUAGACAACUCUGAGGGGCUAAACACACCAACCAAGGAUUUGACUCCAAACGUGAAAACUUUCUUGUCCAAAGAGCUGAAUAUCAAAGGAGUGACUACUACUGAUGACGCAAUCGACAAUGAGGAUAUCCAGAGAUAUAUUCAAGAGAAGAUAGACGAGAACAACAAGAUCUCGAUCUCAAGGGCUCAAUACAUCAGGAAGUACAGGAUCUUGCCCACUGAUUUCAGUAUCGAAGGCGGAGAACUCACUCCCACACUGAAGCUGAAGCGUAACAUUGCUAUUGAGAAGUACAAGGAUAUUAUUGAAGAGAUGUACACUGAGGAGGAGCCACAGAAAGCUAAAAUUUAAACCCUGUGCUAAGUUACCAUUUUGGGCUCAA